AUGAGAGUAACUGUUCUAACUGUAAUAGAUUUGGCGGUCAGUGCGGGUUUAGAUCAACCCGUGUGUAUUUGUGGCGAUAGGCCUUGUCCCUUUGCUUUGACACCUCCUCGAAAUGAUUCAGUACCUUCACAAGGACCAAAGAAAGGGCUUGAUGAUAAGUGGAAGUAUGUAAUAGGGGCGUCACUCGGCAUACCUAGUAUCAUUAUAUCGUCCAUCAUCAUAUUCUGCUACCUUAAACGACAAUUGGUUCCAGCAAUUUUGUCAGCAGAUGAUGCACGAUACUUACAGUGUGGUCGCCAGUUUCAGUGUGGGGGUAUGAAAAAUAUUAGCUAUCCCUUCUGGGGUGAUCCUCAACCGUACUACUGUGGUCUCCCAGAAUUCAAACUCGGGUGCCAAGGCCAAUUCCCUACAUUAAAGAUCUUGUCACAAACAUUUCGAGUCUUGAUUAUAGAUCAUGACAACCAAGUUUUGAGGCUUACCAGAUUAGACGUCUACAACAAUACUUGCCCCUCUGCAUUCAUGAAUACCACAAUUAGUUACCUAUUCAGUUACACUCCCAAUUUCGGGAACCUGACUAUGUUCUUUGGAUGUUCGUCUAUCAGUACAGCAUUAGCUUCCAAUAAGUUCCUUUGUUACGAGAAUGGUACCUUGGUUGAGAAUGGCUACUUCACAAUUGGAUCCAUUCCAACUGAUAGAGAACUUGGAAACUGCACGACUUGUAUUACAGUCCCUGUGCUCCAAACAGCAGUAAAUGCUCUUAGAAAUAACUUAACAUCGAUUGAUCGGGUUCUAAAUGAUGGAUUUGAAGUACACUGGAUCACGGACGACGCAGCAUGUACAGAGUGUGCAGGAUCUGGUGGGAGAUGUGGAUACAACUCAAGUUAUUUUAAACCUAUAUGUUUCUGUCCUGAUAAAGCUUACUUGAUGAGAUGUCAACUUCCACCAGGAAACCAUGUGGAACCCAGAAUUCGUAUUAUAGCUGCAUCCACGUUUGGAGCUUGCAUUAUUUUGGGAAGCCAUGAAGUUCUACAGAUUCCACCAAAGCCUUUUCCUUCUUCUCCCAACAGAAAACUAGACAGUGCUCCCACUCCCAGUAUGCUCGAGUCUUCCACAGAUUGA